GUUUGCCUAGAGGACUUGGUACUUGAGGGUUUAUUGGAGCAUACGUGUUUUACUGUUGGAGUUGGGCUUGUGAUAAGCUCAGUGAGUCCUGAGAUUCAGUCAAGAGAUACAACUCAGCCUAUUCCUGAGGACCUCAAACGCACUGUCAUCGGUGAUGUUGAGGAGGAAGCUCCUGAGGUCCCUCAAAAGAAAACCACAAAGGCCACUCCUUCAAAAUCCUCCACUUCUGCCCACGUUCCGGCAAGAAGAACUGUUCCCCCUCCCACCAAGGUGAAAAAGGAUGCCCCUAUUGCUACUGAAAGCAAACAGGGCAAAAAGAAAUCCCCUGCCAAAUCUUCCCCAAGAAAAGGGGAACGUUCAAGUCAAAGGCUGAAGAGAACCUUCAGCAGCACCAAGAAGGCAAAGGGAGCAUCCUCUGAGAAACCCAUCACCCUCUCUGACAAAGAGGAAGAGAGAGAUGACAAUGAGCCUUUGGCAAAAAGGCUUAAGGGUGGCAGAACGUCAGUACCCAAACCAGCUGCUAAGGAGACGUCCCGAAGCAGCUCUGCCACUAUAUUCUCUGACGUUCCGUCCCCACCACCUGCUCACUCUCCACCAACACCUAUCACACCACAGCCCUCUCUUGUGCAACAACAAGGAGAGGAGAGAAUAGAAAAGGAAGCAGCACCUGCUGCAGAAACAUCAGUGGCUGAGCAAAAAGCUCAGCCACAAAAGAAAAAUAACAAAGGAAAGGGGAUUCUUGUGGAAUCUCCUAAAAAGAAGAAAAAGCCAUCUGUUCCCAGACAAAUCAGUCUGGGAGGCCCCCUCUUGUAUCCUGUUAACCGUCCUGACACCACUGGAGAUGAGGCUCUAGCUAGAGCUCUAGCAGAGGAAGAAGGGAUGGCAGUUCCUCCACUGAUGAAGGAACCCACUGAAACAAUCCCCUCAUCAUCUAGACCACCAGAAGAUGAGCCCAGACCAACACCUGUUGCACCUCCUGUUGUUAGCAGCAGCCAUCAUAGCAAACAGACCACUUCCUCCCUUGUUACAGCAAUCCCCCUCCCAACUAAAAAGAAGUCCCAAAUUGGGAUUGCUGAAAUUUUUGAGAUGAUGGGGAAGAGAAUAGAAAAGCUGCUACCAGCAAAACAAUCUGUUCCUCAAACUGAUAUGACAAGCACCAAUGAAGAGCUGAAGGCUCUAAGGGACAGAUUGGGUCAACUCUCCUCUUGCUUCAACACAUUUUAG